AUGAGUAAGAGCAAGGACGAUGCUCCGCAUGAGCUGGAGAGCCAGUUCUCUGUCCAACUUUCCCAGGAAUAUGCCUCCACUGUGCGGCGAGCGGUACAGUCCGGGAACGUCAACUUGAAGGACAGGCUCACCAUUGAGCUACACGCGGAUGGGCGCCACGGGAUUGUCCGCGUAGACCGGGUGCCACUGGCGGCCAAGCUGGUGGAUCUGCCCUGCAUCAUUGAGAGCUUAAAAACCAUUGACAAGAAAACCUUCUAUAAGACAGCGGAUAUUUGCCAGAUGCUUGUUUGCACUGUGGAUGGUGAUCUAUACCCUCCUUUGGAAGAGCAAACUGUGACCACUGACCCCAAGGCAAACAAGAAGAAGGACAAGGACAGAGAGAAGAAAUUCAUCUGGAACCAUGGCAUCACUCUUCCUCUGAAAAAUGUACGGAAGAGACGAUUCCGGAAGACAGCUAAGAAGAAGUAUAUUGAGUCUCCUGAUGUGGAAAAAGAGGUGAAGCGUCUCUUGAGCACAGAUGCUGAAGCUGUCAGUGUCCGCUGGGAAGUGAUUGCUGAAGAUGAAACAAAAGAAGUAGACAACCAUGGUUCGCUCACCAGCCUGGACAUCUCCUCCCCGGGGAUGUCGGGACAUAAGCAAGGCCAUGGCUCAGAACAUGAUGAACUGCGGGAGAUAUUUAAUGACAUCAGCAGCAGCAGCGAAGAUGAAGAUGAGAGGGAUCAUCAUGAUGACGAAGACCUGAACAUCAUGGACACGGAGGAGGACUUGGAGAGGCAGCUGCAGGACAAGCUGAAUGAGUCUGAUGGGCAGCAACAGGAGAGCGAGGGGUCCAACCAGAUAGUCAUGGGGAUCCAGAAACAGAUUGACAGCCUGAAAAGUAAACUCCAGGAGACCCAGGACAGGAGGAAGCGCCAGGAAGAUCUCAUCAUGAAAGUGGAGAACCUAGCCCUCAAGACCCGUCUCCAGGCUGUGCUGGAUGAGUUCAAGCAGCAGGAAGAGCGAGAGAAGCAGCAGAUGACAUCCCUGCAGGAGCAGCUGGAGUCCCUCAUGGAGAAGUGA